AUGGCUGCUGCCACCUGGGCGGACCACGACACGAACGGCCGUCUCACCCGGGCGCUCAACGACGCGCGCGCGCUACUCGAUGGCGACGACGACGAUGACGCGAGCGUCGGCUCUUCCGGGCUAUCGGUCAUCCUUCCCGCGCCGGCGGCCGCCGAGCCGCACUUUAUGGUCGUGCGCCGCUUCCUGCUGCGGCACAUCGGGUGGGUGUACGCGAUCCAGGAGACGCUGCUGCUGCUAAUGAUCGGCGUCUCGGCCAACCUGCUCGCCUUUCUGCUCGACCACCUGAUUGAGGCGCUCGUGAUGGGCCGCGCGGCGGCGGCGCAGGCGGAGGGCUCCUUCCUGCCGUCGUACGCCGUGUGGACGGGCUCGGCGCUGGUGCUGUGCGCGCUCUCUGCCAUGGUCGUCCAGUUCAUCGGCCCCGCCUCUGCCGGGUCUGGCAUCCCGCAGAUGAAGUCUGUGCUGGGCGGCAUGCGGAUGCACAACUACCUCUCGCUGCGCACGAUGGUGGCGAAGAUGCUCUCGCUCGUGCUCGCGCUGGCGGGCGGCCUCUCCGUCGGCAAGGAGGGGCCGUACGUCCACAUCACCUCCUGCGCCGCCGCGUGUCUGACCCGCCUCCCGGGCUUCCGGCGGCUUGGCCAGGCCUCAAGACUAGCCGACGAGGCGCUGCGACAGCAGAUGCUCUCCGCCGCUUGCGCCGCCGGCGUCGCCGCAACCUUUGGCGCGCCGGUCGGCGGGGUGCUCUUCUCGAUCGAGGUGACCUCGACGUACUACUCGGUGCAGCACCUCUGGAAGAGCCUCUUCGCCUCCGUCUGCGGUGCGCUCGUCUUUCGAGGCAUGCGCGACACCGGAUCGCUCGGCCAGGGCUUCCGCAAGACGGACUUUGGCGACAUGGACCAGCUGCUGCACAACGGCGAGAUCUACGCCUUCGCGCUCCUCGGCUGUGUGUGCGGCCUCGUCGGCGCCGGCUUCGUGCACGCCACCUCGUCGCUCAUCUCCCUCGUCGCGUCGCGCAUCGAGGCGCUGCUCGGCUUCGACGUCCUCGCGCCUCUGCGCGGCGACUGCUCGUCCGCCACCGCGCUCGAGGCGCUCCUCUCGCGCUACGGCCCCCUUCCUUCUAGAUGCGGCAUCCGGAUCCGUGCAUUGCAGCUAGCACUUCGAGAGGACACACACUCGGCCGUGAUCAACGAGCUCUUCCGGCCAAACUCGUUCGACAUGGCGGCGCGCUGGGCGAACCCGUCCCUCACCGCCAACCUCGCCAUCUACGUCGUGUGCAAGUUCGUCUUCACCUGCAUCGCCGUCGGCUGCCCCAUCUCGUGCGGCGUCUUCACGCCCGUCUUUCUGAUUGGCGCGGCGGGCGGCAGACUCUUCGGCGAGCUCCUCAACGACAUCACGCCCGUCGACGUGCAGAUCACGGCGGGCGGGUACGCCGUCGUCGGCGCAGCGGCGCUCGCCGCGGGCGUGACCCGCACCGUGAUCGUCUUUGAGCUCACCGGGCAGCUGAGCCACAUGCUCCCCGUGCUCGUGGCGGUGCUUCUCGCGUACGGCGUGGGCAACGCGUGCAACACCUCCAUCUACGACACGAUGAUGACCCUCAACAAGCUGCCCUACAUCCAGCCGCUCAAGCCGCACCACGCGUCGUCGCGCUGCGCGCACGACGUGAUGGACGCCACCCUCAAGCCGCUCUGCGUCCCGUGCACCUUCGCCGACGCGCACCGGCUGCUCCUCGAGUCGGAGGCGCUCGAGUUCGCGCUCGUCGACGCGGGCGGCGCGCUGCUCGGCGCGGUGCCUCGCGCCUACCUCGACCUGCAGAUCGAGCACAUCCUCUGCUCGUCGGACGGAGGGCGCAAGCGGCCCGCGCCGCUGCUCGACAAGAUUGCGACAAAGAUGACCGAGGCGCUCGGCUCGCCUCGCUCGUGGACAAUCACGCGGCACCUCUCCCUCACCUCCCUCGGCGUCGGAGACGGAGACAACCGACGCAGCCGCCGCUCCCUCGCCCGCAGCCGCAGCCUCGACCGCAGCAGCCUCGGCGGCGAGCUCGCCAGACAGCAGCCGCUGGCGCCUGCCCCUGCGGAGCCGUCGGACAGCACAGAGCUGACGGCGAUGACGCGCCAGCACCAGCCGCAGCCGCAGCAGACGCAGCCGCAGACGCAGCAGCCGCAGCAGACGCAGCACCAGCCGCCGCAGCACCAGCAGACGCCGCAGCCGCAGCCGCCGCCGCAACAGACGACGACGCAGCAGCCGCUGCCAGCGACGACGACGGCAUCGGCGUCGCUGGCUGCCGCCACUCCUGAUGCAGCGUGCGCCGUGCAGCCGUCGGGGAGCGCGGACGCGCUCAGCGCGUCGCCGGCGUCCGUCUCUCCGUCGGCGGCGUCGAGCGGCAGCGACACGCAACGCGCGAGCACGGGGAGCACGGCCGCGGGCCGGCCGGGCAACCCCUCGCCCGCGCCGGGGCUCGGCAUCGAGCGAGCGCCGUCCAGGAUGACGCGCGCUCAGCGGCUGCAGCGGCGCAACUCUGGCCUCGUCUCGCCCUCGUUUGGCGUCCCUCCCUCCGCAGCGAGCUCACCGGGCGGCGAGUUCACAGAGUCGGAGCUCGCGCUGCUCGACCUGCCGCUCGACCUCGGUGUGCUGCCCCUCGGCACGGACGAGUCGAUGGGCAUCGGCCGCUCGCGCCCCACCGCCGUCAACCACGCGCCCACCGUCGUGCUCGCCGCGACGUCGCUCGCCACGGUGCACAUGCAGUUUUCGCUCUUUGCGACGGAGCACGCGUACGUCACGUACGCGGGCCGAUACGUUGGCGUGAUCCGCCGCUCGCAGCUGACUGGAGAGGAGGGCGGCGUCGUGUGA